ACCAGCAGUCAAAACGCGGUCCGACGAUAGUGGCGGUUCCGCGGAUCGCGGGGUUGGUGGGGGUGGCUAUCCGUCGGCGUCACCGUGGCCAGCCCUGUCGCUUCCCGCACCGGCCGACCUGGACCCUGUAGCGGCCGCGUGGGGUCGAAAACUGUACCCCGGUUCGGGUGGACCCACUCGACCCGGGCUAAUGUUCGGACUGCACCAUCACCAAGAUGCCACUGCCGGUUUACACCAUCAUCAUCAUCAUCAGCCUAGGGGACCCAGUCUCAAAGAGGAACCUCUUACCGCCGCUCGGUCCUGGAUGAGUACUUCUAUUCAGGACCCGAAUGCAAUUGGUGUCGGCAGGGCCCACUUUGAAAAGCAACCACCGAGCAACCUUCGGAAAUCCAACUUUUUCCAUUUCGUCAUCGCUUUAUACGACAGAGCCGGACAGCCAAUUGAAAUUGAAAGGACAGCCUUCAUUGGAUUUAUUGAAAAGGAUCAGGAAGCAGACGGACAAAAGACAAAUAAUGGUAUCCAAUAUAGAUUACAACUUCUUUAUGCCAAUGGUGUAAGGCAAGAACAAGAUAUUUACGUAAGACUGAUCGACUCAGUGACAAAACAGGCCAUCAUAUACGAGGGUCAGGACAAAAAUCCAGAAAUGUGCAGAGUGUUGCUUACACACGAAGUUAUGUGUAGUCGGUGUUGUGACAAAAAAAGCUGCGGAAACAGAAAUGAAACUCCGUCAGAUCCUGUGAUAAUAGAUCGAUUCUUCCUCAAAUUUUUCCUCAAAUGCAAUCAAAACUGCCUCAAAAACGCCGGUAAUCCAAGAGAUAUGAGGAGGUUUCAGGUCGUCAUAGCAACGCAAGUGUCCGUAGAGGGACCAUUAUUGGCCAUCUCUGACAACAUGUUCGUCCAUAACAAUUCCAAGCAUGGACGAAGGGCGAAACGGCUCGAUCCUUCCGAAGGCCUCUAUCCACCCUUACCUGUAGCAACACCAUGCAUUAAAGCCAUAAGUCCAAGCGAAGGUUGGACUUCAGGAGGUUCCACAGUCAUCAUCGUUGGAGAUAAUUUUUUCGAUGGUUUGCAAGUUGUAUUUGGUACAAUGCUGGUGUGGAGCGAGCUCAUAACUCCCCAUGCAAUACGAGUUCAAACGCCUCCAAGACACAUUCCCGGUGUAGUGGAGGUAACAUUAUCAUAUAAAUCAAAGCAGUUCUGCAAAGGAGCUCCGGGAAGGUUUGUUUACGUCUCUCUGAACGAGCCGACCAUCGAUUACGGAUUCCAGAGGUUGCAGAAGUUGAUUCCUCGACACCCAGGUGAUCCCGAAAAAUUGCCUAAGGAGAUAAUCCUAAAGAGGGCGGCCGAUUUAGCGGAAGCUCUUUACACGAUGCCCCGAAACAAUCAGUUGGCGCUGGCCGCUCCUCGAUCACCUACGAUGGGCAAUAACGGAAUGACCUCAACCUUUAACACUUAUACAGGGCAACUUUCAGUUAGUGUACAGGACAACGGAAACGGUCAGUGGACAGAAGAGGAGCAGUAUGGAGGUCGGGCGCAGAGCAGUAGCGUCUCGCCACGCGGAGGCGGCGGUUACUGUUCGAGCACGUCAACCCCACAUUCGUCUUCGACGGGGGGUGGCGGAGGCGCUUCGAAUUACGGGGGCUCCGGGGGAAUGAACGGGUAUGGGGGCGCAACGCCGACAAGCAACAGUAACGGCAGCUCACAUCAAGUUAGUAUGCAGCUACCCGGUUCACCAUCUUCGGCUGCCGCCGCCGCCGCCGCCGCUGCGGCCGCCUCCGGUCUCUUCAAUGGCACCUCAAUUUCGGCCGAGCAAGCAAGUCACCAGUAUUUUGCUACUCACAGCAGCAAAGGGGACAAGGAGAAAAGCGCGUUCGCCCCGGUGCUAAGGGGCAAUUCCCCCAUUCAUCCACCGGGUCCCGCGCUUUUCCACCACCAACCCGUUUCUGGCUGGCAUCAUCUUGCAGUUCAGUGAAUGGGUCUUGUUCCAUCACCAUUUGCUUCAAUGAAUCCAUUCGCCUUACCGACUUGUAGUGCUCAAAAUUAUGUAAACAC